GGCCUGGCUGCCUUCGCCUGUCUGAGUCUUUUGAAAUUCCUGCAUGUUCGGCCCAGAUUAAGUCGAGUGUGUCUCAGGAUACACUGUGCACUCUCCGGGACCGACCGUCGUGCGCCGCUGCUUCCCCCGUCGUCUUCCAGGACUGGGAAGGUGGUGCCACGUCCGACGGCGGCCUGGGCUGGGGGCAGGGUCUGCCGUCCGCCCUUGGCACGACUCACUGCGACCCAUCCCCGCGCCUCGCCCUCCUCCCGGCCCCGAAGAGGUCUCGUUCCUUCGCGGGAUCUGAGCCACGUCCUCCCCGCAGAAAGGACUCGCCGGGAGAGCCAUGCGUUUCGCCUGGACCGUGCUCCUGCUGGGGCCACUGCAGCUCUGUCCGCUUCUCCGCGGCGCCCCGCAGGCCCCGCGUGAGCCACCCGCCGCCCCGGGCGCCUGGCGCCAGACGAUCCAAUGGGAGAACAAUGGGCAGGUGUUCAGUCUGCUGAGCCUCGGGGCGCAGUACCAGCCGCAGCAGCAGCGGCGACGCGACCCCAGCGCCGCGGCGGCCCCGGGCCCCGACGGCAACGCCGCCCCGCAGCCGCGCACGCCCAUUCUGCUGCUGCGUGACAACCGCACCGCCUCUGCCCGCGCGCGGACACCGAGCCCGUCGGGGGUCGCCCCCGGCCGUCCCCGGCCCGCUGCCCGCCACUGGUUCCAAGCUGGCUUCUCGCCGUCGGGGGCCCGCGAUGGUGGGACCUCCCGGCGCGCAGGGAACCGGACUGCGUCGCCACAGCCCCCGCAGCUCAGUAACCUGAGGCCUCCCAGCCACGUAGACCGCAUGGUGGGCGACGACCCCUACAACCCCUACAAGUACUCCGACGACAAUCCCUAUUAUAACUACUAUGACACGUAUGAGAGGCCCCGGCCUGGGAGCAGGUACCGACCUGGAUACGGCACCGGUUACUUCCAGUACGGUCUCCCGGACCUGGUGCCGGACCCCUACUACAUCCAGGCAUCUACAUAUGUGCAGAAGAUGUCUAUGUACAAUCUGAGAUGCGCUGCGGAAGAAAACUGCCUGGCUAGCUCAGCAUAUAGGGCGGAUGUCCGAGAUUAUGACCACAGGGUACUGCUACGAUUUCCCCAAAGAGUGAAAAACCAAGGGACGUCUGACUUCUUACCAAGCCGCCCUCGCUAUUCCUGGGAGUGGCACAGUUGUCAUCAACAUUACCACAGCAUGGAUGAAUUCAGCCACUACGACCUGCUUGAUGCCAACACACAGAGGAGAGUGGCUGAAGGCCACAAAGCAAGCUUCUGUCUCGAGGACACAUCCUGUGACUACGGGUACCACAGGCGCUUUGCGUGUACCGCCCACACACAGGGAUUGAGUCCUGGAUGUUAUGAUACCUAUGCGGCAGACAUAGACUGCCAGUGGAUUGAUAUUACAGAUGUACAACCUGGAAACUAUAUUCUAAAGGUCAGUGUAAACCCCAGCUACCUGGUGCCUGAAUCAGACUACAGUAACAAUGUUGUACGCUGUGACAUUCGCUACACAGGACACCAUGCCUAUGCCUCAGGCUGCACAAUUUCGCCGUAUUAGAAUGCAAGCCCAAUUCCCAUUGGAUAAAGCAGUGCCUGGUGUUUGGAAAUAUGAAAAACAUAGAUUAGCUGCAGUAGGAAGGACUUACAUAUUUUAAAAGGCAAACAACAAAGGAAGUUUUGUUUGGACUCUUUCACAACAAAUACCAUAACUGGAUUUUGAAUGUUUAAAUCAGCAUUAUUUGGGAAAUUUUAAAUACUUAUUCAUGCUAUAUUGUGAAUUAAUGGUGUUUUAAGUUUGUAGGUACCUACUUGGCUCUUUCAAAGAACCCCAAAUUUCUUGUCUUCUUUUGAAGUUAUAGAGCAAAAAGAAAAAUGGUAUUUUAAUGAAUGAGCCCUAAUUUGAACUGAUUGUUUUCUAAAAUGCAGAAACCAGUAAAACAGCAAUGAUGGGUUUAUAUCAUGUUUUCUAAAAUGCAGAAACCAGUAAAACAGCAAUGAUGGGUUUAUAUCUGCCUCUAUAUAGAUUGAUUUAAAAUGAUAUUCCUACUGUGUAAACAGGAGUGGAUACAUUUGGUGCUGGGGAAGGGUCAAAUACAUAACUAAUGUUGUCACGGAAUAUUACUCUAUAGCAGAGAGAUGGCAAUAUAUGUAUUCAGAUAGUUACGUCCCUAUAUAAAAUUAUGUUUACAUUUUAAAAUUACUAGAUAAUUUUCUUUCUGUUAAGUGCUUAAUUUCACUCUGAUUCAAGUCAACUUCUGUUUUGGAAUGAAUUGGAUAAUUCUAAGUUCCUGGCUGACACUUGCUGAUAUCCCCCUCUCCACUUAAUUUUUCUGUUGACAGAUAUGUCUAAUGUGGCAAUCUUCACAUUACCAUUGUGGGGAUUAACAGCAUAGGGAAACCAUUUUGAUGACAUGUGUGAUCAAUGAAGAGCUGCUAUGCCCUGCAGCAUACUUUACUGUUAGCCAAAAUCAAGUCACUGCUGACAUAGAGAUUACACGAUGAAUCUCUAAUACUACAACCAUCUUUAAAAUACUGUAAAAAAAGAAUACUGGAAAACCUUCUGUGGAUUUUUUUCAACUCUACUACACUUUUAAAAUGUCCAACUAUUAAGGGGAAUGCUAAAAAAUAAUGAAAUCAUCCAUAAUAGAUAACCUACUGUGUGCAGCACAGGACCAUCAUCCUAGAUUCUUCAGGAAUUGGCUGUACAUGUUUUUGUGUAUUUACAAAAGACAGCUCCAAAUUAGCAAA